AAAGUCUAACCCCCAUGACGAUAUUGACUGUUCCCAAAAUAGUCACGUGACGCGCACUCGGUAGUGCGAGGUAAGAUGGCAGCCUUGGCGUGAGAAACGUGGAGUGGGGCUUCACCGUUUUAGAGGCCGACUUCCCUCGAAAUUAUGCUGACACCACGGAACAUUUAUACGCCUAGAAUCUCCGAUAGUCUGCCAAAAAUCCAAGACUAUGAUUUUGGCGCCGGUCACCGGCGAGUCAUGGACAAAGACAGUGAAGAACACAAUGCUAUUAACCCCCAAAACGGCAUCGCCAGCAAUCUGCUGGAACUGGCGGUAGCAGCGUCAGAAGAGUACGAAUACGAAAGUUUGCCAGAAACGACCACACUGACGACUCACCUGAUGGCCGGUGCUAUAGCCGGGAUCAUGGAGCAUUGUGUCAUGUAUCCUGUGGAUAGUGUUAAAACGAGAAUGCAGACGAUCAGACCGUCGCCAAGCAGCAGCUAUAGGAAUGUUUUCAACGGCAUGGCCACCAUCAUCCGCAACGAGGGGCCCUUUGGCAUGGUGCGGGGGCUACACGCAGUGGCCUGUGGGGCGGGGCCUGCCCACGCUCUAUACUUUGCCUGCUACGAGAAGAUGAAACACGUGCUGAGCUCACAGCCUGGACAGAAUCCGCUGGCCAAUGCUUGUGCUGGGAGCCUGGCGACCUUGCUACACGAUGCUGCCAUGAAUCCAGUGGAGGUGGUCAAGCAACGCAUGCAAAUGUUCCAAAGCCCCUACAAGAGUGUGACUGAGUGCAUAAGGACAAUAGUGAGGGCUGAGGGCAUGCAUGCAUUCUACCGGAGCUACACCACCCAGCUGACCAUGAACAUCCCUUUCCAGAGCAUCCACUUUGUCACCUACGAGCUGGGCCAGGAGACCCUCAAUCCCAAGAGGGAGUACAACCCGACCAGUCACAUGGUGUCGGGGGGCCUGGCCGGUGCCACAGCGGCCGCGAUCACCACGCCGCUGGACGUCUGCAAGACGCUGCUCAACACACAGGAGAAAGGGGUGCUGCGCGCCUGCGGGCAGCGCCGGACAGAAAUCAAGGGCAUGGUCAAUGCCUUCAGGACGGUCUACCGCAUGAGCGGCGUACGGGGCUACUUCAAAGGCCUGCACGCCCGCGUCAUCUUCCAGAUGCCUGCCACGGCUCUGUCCUGGUCCGUCUAUGAGUUCUUCAAAUACUUCAUCACCAUGAACAGGGCAUAGCCGUCGUGAACCGCUUGGCGGUUUCAGACAUUGAAAUUGAAAAACAAAACAAAAAAACGCGCACAAACAGAUGUUUUUAGAAUAUUUCAUGAGAGUAUUGGUUGAUAAAUGAAACAAAAAGGUUUUUAUAAUUAUAUGGAAUAAAGUCAAAAUUUAAAAUUAGUAAAUGUUUGUACAUGUAUCACUGACAUGUAGGCUAGUUAGUGGCAUUUGAAAUACACAGAUGGAAUAUUUUUCAGAUUUCAAGUUAGAUGCAGAAGCACUCGUACUCUCUAUCUUGCUGCAUUUUCUUUGAAAACUUAUUUUCCACGAACAGGGGAUUGUGUGUGGAAGUGUUUCUUACUGAAGUGAAACCAGUGAAAAGAACAGGGGUGUGAGAAUUCAGCUUUUUAGCUGAUUUCAGCUUUUUUUGUUGAGAUGUUGACAAUGAAUUUCAGCUUUGUUUGUCAGCUUUGUUUGUACACCUGUCUGUACAAAAGUAUGGGAACUUUUUACGUUUCAGCUUUUUGCUAGCUGUUUUUUCAGCUUUAAUUUUAAAUGGCCACUCACAGCCCCGAAAGAUUCAAAAUUGUGUUUGAUCCAAAAACUGCCAGAGCAGAUAGAUAACAACUGGUGGGAAAAAAAAGGGCCAAACCGGGUAGAAUUUGGCAGACUUCAUAUGACGGACUCCGGCUCAGCCAGAAAAAGCCAUUGCUGCUUCACACGCACACAUUCACAAUGGUAAUUCAAAUUGUGGUAUUUGAUGGCACAUUGUUGUGCUAAUCAUCGGUAUUCUUUUCCUUUGUCCUUUCAGGCAGACUUUUCAGGAGACUUUUUUUUCACAAGUAUAUUGUUGUUGGGACUGAGGCCUAAACCUCGGCCAAGCAAACUGGAUAAGACCUCUUGAGCCCCUGGGUGAAAACCCCCCCCCCCCCGAACAUUCGUUAUCAGUAAAUUUAGAAGCAUGUAAAUCCAUUCUUAAGACUGAAACUCUUGCAGUAUGGUAGUGAGUUAGCUUCAGUUUGGUUCCUGUCGCUGUAGCCUUUGUAUACGUACACGAAGAUGUGAAAAUGUUUAACCAAUGAUACAAGCUAUUGGCUACCCUAUCUGGUCACUCAUCUUUGCUUGUGACUAGAUCUUUAGUGGCAGUGCAAACAGAAUGUGCAAUUUUUACAUUUUUUGAAGUAGACCCUAUGAUGUGUUUAAAAAAAAAGCAAGAAAUGCAUCCACAUUAUAACCUUGUUUUAAAGUGAUCAGACAUCUUAUGUGAAAGGCAGAUCACGUAAAUAUCUGGGUUGUUUCUGAUAGGAUCACUAUUUUCUUAAUUCAGCCCAAGGAUGAGCCCACUGUCGUGCCAAAACUGGACUGUGAAGGGGGAAUGGGGGUGCGGGCCAUACCUUGUGCGCACAAUUGGAGAAGAUUGCCAGAAACAUGGAAUUCUGCACAAUUGUUAGUACUGAAUGUGAAAUGAUAAUCAGUCUGCCUUUGUCUGUUCUCAGCAAAAUUUGGAAUUACGGAAACUUCUUAGCAGGGCACAAAUUUGCCAGCCAAAUCAGUGACAAUUUUUGCUCAACGUAACCUUAAGGUUUACCUGCAUCAAGUGUGUCUGGCUUAGGGUUGCAGACUAGUACAUUUGUGUCUGUUAGUGCAAGAAAAUAACAUUUUACUCAUAGCAAUAAUCAAUUUUCCUUGAUCUUUUGAAAAAAAUCUGCAAUUUGCAAAUGAAGCUCUUGCAAACAAACAUUUGGUGUUUUUCCCUCUUAACAGUGUUGCUUUAGUUGUAAAGUUUUAAGUUUUUAUUUAAUUUCUUUUUAGUACAUGUCUUUGCAAUGCAAAAGAAUAUAGUAAACCACUUGUGAACAGUUUAGUUUAAUUCCUGGGUGAAUGUACUUGCUGCUUCUGUUUGUGAGUCAAAAUGAAUUUGGGUUUUUGAAUUAAAAAAAGAAAAUUCCCACUUUAUCCAAAGUUUUCCACUUGAAGUGUCGGGGUAAAACCUUCUUACAGUGUUCAUCCCUCGCCUAAAAAACUGUAAUGCGAGUUCUCAUAAUUAGCUUUCCUAGUUUAAAAUCAAAAGAGAAUCCUUUUCCCAAGGAUGGUCGAAUGCUUGUCAGGCUUCAAGAUAGAAAUAAAAAACAAAACUGAUCUUGAUUUAGCAACUUUUAUUGAAGGGUAAACCGCAUGGUAUGGCAUCAAUUUAAAAUAUAUCACUAAAGAAAAAGAAACAGAAUUAAGCAUAGCAUGUGUAAAGAAAGUCAUACUUUUCUUUAUUUGGAAAUUUAUACUAAUCCUGUAUCAUAUUUAAUUUUCAAAAGGCUGUGGUAAAUUCAGUAUAUUUUCUUUAACAAGUCGUGAUAUCUUUAUGUGUAAUUAAGUUUUACCUUCACUGUGAGAUGUCCACAACGCUGGAUCAUUAAAAAAGCUGCAUAUCUGCAGCACAUCUUGUAAUCCCACUA